AUGGCCUCUUCGACGACGGCAACAAGCAAGGCGACGGCUGCGCCAUGGCGCGCCGACUUCACGUCCCACGUGGCCAAGAUGCCGCAGGCGUCGUUCGUCCUGAGUACGCUUGACGCGGAGGGCGGCGGGCCGCGGGCGCGGACGUGCAUCUUCCGCGGCAUGUGGGGUGCGCUGCCCGCCAACGACCGCAACCCAGCGGAGCGCAACCCGGAGGGCAUCUACGAGAGCGAUAUGCCCGUGUUCACGACGGACGCGCGCAUGCAAAAGACGGGGCAGAUCGAGGCGGAUAGGCGCGCCGAGGCGGUCUGGUGGGUCGAGGAGACGCAGACCCAGUGGCGGAUGCGCGGCGUCGUGUGGCAGCUCGGCCGGCGCGUCGGCGACGAGGCCAGAGCGGCCCUGGAGCGGAGGAUGAGGGACCCGACGGGACAGCAGCAGCAGCAGCAGCAGCAAGGGUGGAGUUGGGAGAGAGAGGUCACGGGCCACUUUGGGAACCUGAGCCCGAUGAUGAGGGGCACGUUCAAGAACCCGCCGCCCGGGACGCCUCGGGCGGUGGAGCCCGGCGAGGGGUCGGGGUUGGGUUUGGGGCAGAAGGUGGAGGAUCUGGAGGACGACGUAGCUCGGGGGAACUUUUUGGUUUGCGUUAUCGUGCCGGACGAGGUCGACAGGGUUAUACUGACAAAGGAUCCUCAAAGGUUUCUUUAUCGUUAUGUAGGGGAUGAGCAGAAGAACCGGGAUGGUGGAAGCGAGAAGGUGGAUGGAGACUGGGAGACGGUUGAGCUUUGGCCUUGA